AUGCAAGGCAGGGUGGUUCACCGCUGCAUAGGAUGCAAGAAGGGAGGAACCAGAGCCAGCAUAGUUGAUGAAGCUGACCAACUUGUUUUCCAGGUGGGAAACAAGAUGCUCUCACCUUACGUUCACUUAUGCGAAGCUCAUCGUGAACACUUAAAGCUAACUGAGCCACUUUUCGCGCAUGUGAAGCCUAGGCGAAUUGAGGGAAAACCGGCACAUACAUUACGCCGCGAGGCAAGAAGCAUCCAAAAAAAUUCAUAUGCACCUACAACUGCAAUAUUUAGACGAAGGUGA